GAUGGGAUCAAGGAUCUAAUGACUCAACUUUUUAAUUUCACUUUGUUCUGAUCUGGAAAAUUCCGUCCUCAGGGGCAAGAUCCAAUGAACUACUGGAAGCACAGAAAUCUGGUAAAAAAUACUGGCCAAUUGGUGCUAUAAUUGUUAGUAUUGUUUCAAGUUCCUCACUUUGGACAAAAGGGUCAUUGCGUGGCAUAUAAAGAAACAAAAGGACUACAAUUUCAGAAUUUUUUAUAAGAGCAUUUUGUUAACAGUUCAUUCAUUGAUUGAAAAAGAUCCCAUCCUCUAGUGAAAACAAUAAAAAUCUGGGAUUGUAUAAAAUACAGAUCUGCCACUGAACGGAGAGGGUGAUGUUUCCAGUUAUUGCUUCCAACUAAUCCAAUAGCUGUUGAAUAGAAAUCACUCUUUAUCUAUGGCUGCAGCACUCUCACUCUCUCUCACGCUCUCCUCGGAUCCACAACCCCAUCAAAAACUACCCUUCGUGUUUUCAUCUCCGAAUCCUAAGCACAUAUUUUUCCCUCCCCACAAACCUUAUCGUUUCAAUUUCAAAUCGUACUCAUCCUCGUCCUCUUCCUCCCCCUCCCCCUCCUCGCAUCCUUCUUCUCCUUCAACAACAACAACAGAAACAACUAGUGCUUCGGCUACUUAUUCAAAUCUCGAAGAUUCAUUCAAAACAAGUAGGUUUUUGAGCAAUGAAGAGCUUGAGAAGCUUCAAACCCUUCAAAAUUUUCGAUAUUAUCAAGAACUGGAAACUGGAUCUAUGUGGGUUCGGGUAAUGAGGCUAGAGGAGAUGGAUAUCACUGUGAAAUUGCUGGCUGAGUCUUUUGCUGAGUCUAUGCUGUUGCCUGUGGGAUAUGUGUCUUUGUUGCGGUUUUUAGUGAAGCAGUACUUGGUUGAGAGGAGAGCUGCGAUGCCACAUGCUGUUACACUUGUUGGGUUUUAUAGAAGGAAACAGGAUGUUAAUGGGGAUGAGAAAGAAGAAGAAGAGAAGGAGGAGAUGGCAGGGACCGUGGAGGUUUGUUUUGAUAAGAGAGGUGCUAAUGCUUCUCCUCCUACGCCAACUCCUCCCAAGAAUUCUCCUUACAUUUGCAACAUGACUGUUAAGGAGCCACUUCGAAGGAGGGGCAUCGGUUGGAAUCUUCUUAAGGCAAGUGAGGAACUAAUUUCUCAGAUGAAUUGCAUAAGGGAGGUGUAUUUGCAUUGCAGAAUGAUUGAUUCGGCCCCCUUCAACAUGUAUACAAAAGCAGGCUACAAUGUUGUUAAGACGGAUAGUGUAUUGGUCCUGUUAAUGUUGCAGAGACGCAAACAUUUGAUGUGCAAGAAAUUUCCAGCCUUAAAGAACCCUUCAGAACUUGAUUUCUUGGACUCUGACAUGGAAAUUUCUCCACAGUUGGAUACACAGAGGCCAUGAUAUGUAUUUCUGAGGUCCAGUUUAUCCACGAUAUUGUCAGACUGGAUUCUGGCGAUCAAACAAUCAGGUUGAUUGUGCUAGGAAGUUGGAUCUGAUUAUGUGAUGCCUCCUUGCUUGUAAUUUUUCAUAAUUAUUGGUAGAAACCUGUUGUGCUACACGUAACUUGCACCAGGUACCUCCAUUUCUUACGCGCAAUUUGCCCUGAACUCUAUAGGAUGUUUAUGUGUAUGAUAUAUUUUGUCAAAAGAAAAAAAGAGAAACAGAAGGAAAGAGAAAAAUAAUAGGAUGAUUCUGGACUUUCUUCCAAAAAGUCAAUUAGAGAAGAUCUAGUUUUUAUUGCAGAAAAUGCCUUCCCUGUUUUAGGGCAGCAUAUGGAUAGAUGGAAUAAAAAAACCCAAAGAAGUUGAUGCUA